CGUUUGCUGAACUUUGUAAAAAGUCACGAUUUUGCACAUAAAGUAAUUAGUUUACCGAAUUUUGUAAUUCAGGGAAUACAAUGUUAAUUACUUUCGUCAACUUUCAGCAUAAACAUAAUGAAUUUUUUCCAUAUUUUUAUAAAAUUUAUAUUUCUAUUUUAGUUGGACAUACAGAUAAAGGAGCCUUGCCGAAAUGGAUGGGAGAAGAAAAUAGCCCUUACAAAAAUCUCGGUAAAAGCAUACAAAUUAGAAGUAUAAAUUUAUUAUCAUACGAGAUGGACGAAAUUAAAGCUAAGAAGGAGACUCAACGAUGGUUGAGCGAUAACUUCACUAUAUUAAUUGCCGAAUUUAAAUUUAAACGACGGUUGACCGGUAACCUGAUGAAUGUUUACAUCCCUAGUACAUUAGUGGUCAUGCUGUCAUGGCUCUCAUUUUGGAUCGAUGUCCACGCAGCACCCGCACGAGUUACUUUGGGUGUGACUUCAAUCCUGACUUUAGUCACUCAUUUGGUGGAGUCCAGAAGCUUUGUGCCUCCAGUGGAUUAUUUGAAGGCUCUGGAUAUUUGGUUUAUGUUCUGCAUUGUUCUGAUAUUUUUAUCUUUACUGGAAUAUGCUCUAGCUUACCAAUCCACCAUCAAAAUGAAAGAGGUACUGUACGUUCAAAUAAUUUUAUUAGCAGUAAUAAAUGAUAUUAAAAAAAGGUUUAAUACUCAGACAUAA